UAGUUCCGCUGGCCGCUGCGCUUUUAGCACUCAGUGGCUAAGCUAAAGAGUGGAGCUGAAGGGGGGUUAGCGGACGGCUAACAGCAUGAGCUCAUCCCGAAAGCUGCUCGCAUACACGGGUGCUGUAGCAGCGCUGAUGACCGGAUACCUCACCUGGAGGAGCCUCGAUCCCGGAGACCAGAGGAACCAAGAACUACUGAAGAACCUGCCUGAGUUCAGCUCAGCUCGCAUGGAGGAGAGCCGGAGAAGGAACGUUCAGAUUAUGGAGGUGCUCAAAGACGCUGCAGAGACCAACGACAACAUCGCUCGUACCUAUGGCAACCGGAAAUAACCACGCCCACCCAGCAUAACCCUGCCCACAUUAUAACCCCACCCAGUUCAUAACUUCGCCCACAUUACCCCCCCCCAAAAAACCCUAACCCACCUAGCCCAAACUCCGCCCCCACUUAAUUCCACCAACCAAUAAUUCCGCCCACACUAUAACCCUUUUCUCUAAACGUUCUGCGCAAACAGUGCGCACAGUUGACGCGCUCGUGUUGUGAGUGACGUGUUUCCGGUGUGAAAGCUCAGCGUGUGUUCGCUGUUCCUCAGUAAUUUUGAUUUCUUCCGUUUGCCGCUGUUUCUGAU